AUGAAAAAUUCGAUAAAAUAUAUUUGUUUGCUUGAUUCAAAAAAUACUCCUAUAAUAAAUAGGAAUUAUGAAAACUUUGAUGAAUCUUUUAUUGAAUUAAUAAUCAAUACAUAAUGUGAUUUAAUUGAAUUAGCUUAUCAGAUUUCACCAAAUAAUGGUUAUAUGGGUUAAAUAGGGAUUUUAAAUGAAUUGAAAAUAUUUGGAUUCAUGAGUAUGACUGAGAACAAAAUAAUAAUGAUAUGCACAAAAGAAGAAAAGAGACCUAAGGAUCUUUUGAAAAGCAUCUAUGAUUUGUAUCGUUCAUAUAUUUUGAAUCCCUUUUUUGAUGAAACAAAUCUAUAAGAUCUAUCUAAAAGGAUUGAUGAUUGUGUUAAUUUUUAUAAUCAUAAUAACAAUGAUGAAUGAAAG